CAGGGGCGGACUGACCAUUUGGAAACUCGGGCACUGCCCGAGGGUCUGGGGUCAGUAGGGGGCCCCAUGAGAUGCCCCUGGUACCUUUUUCAUAGGCUUUUUUGAGUUUGGGCAAGGACACAGGGGCCCCAUGAUCCCCUAUUGCCUGGGGGUCCCAUGAGUUGUCAGUCCACCCCUGGUAUCCUCCCCUGUAUGCGCGCUCCAUCAGCCAGCCACAACCAGAAAAACUACCUAGCAGAGUCAUUCCCUGACAUCCAG